AUGGUAACCUCGAAAAGUACCUCCAUUUCUGCCAACAUCCUAUUUGAUGAAGGUUCCCAGAGUUCAUUUAUGAGUGAACACCUAGCCCAAAAAUUACAAUUGGGGCCCACCGGAAGUGAAACAUUAUACAUGUCGGGUUUCGGAGACACAGAGCGUCGUGUGCGACAUUUAGGCAGAGCAACCGUGUAUUUAGAAACAGUAGAAGAAAAUAUUCCUAUAAAUGUUUUCAUAGUGCCUGAAAUUUCCAUGCCACUGAAAUCUUAUCACAAACAUGCUGGUCACCUUCCUUACCUGAAAGGGCUCAAACUCGCACAUCCAGUCUCAGGAGAUGAAGAUUUUGAUAUCGAGAUUCUUAUUGGUGCUGAUCAUUACUGGGACGUUAUACAAGAUCAAGUUAUUAGAGGAGACGGGCCUACAGCUAUACUGUCUAAAAUCGGAUACCUUCUAUCAGGACCAUUGAAAACAGGUACUCUAAUAAAUUCUACGUCGAUUCCCGUAUCCAUGAUGAACGUUAUUACUAUGAAAACACAAGAUGUUGUAAAUUUAGAGAAAUUUUGGGAGGUGGAGUCCAUUGGAGUUGAACAGAAACCAAACCAACAGUUAAACUUUGAGAAAACAAGAGAGUAUCAGGACAAUAGUAUUACGUACAGUAAUGGACAAUACAUUGCCAAAUUACCAUGGAAAGAUGACCAUCCCUUUCUAUCAAGUAACGAGAACAUAAGCCGACGAAGAACUAUGAAUGUUAUAAAUAGAUUGAAAAAAGACCCAGAACUUCUAAAGAAAUAUGGAGAUAUUAUUUACGAGCAGGAACAGAGAGGAUUUAUAGAGAAGGUUACAGAGCCAUUAUCUCCUAGUAUAGACGACACAUUAGUCCCGACCCCAUUAUUACCACGACGAAAAGUACACUACAUUCCCCAUCAUCCUGUGAGAAAAGACUCGGCAACCACACCCAUUCGUAUCGUUUAUGAUUGCAGUUGCAGAUCAUCUAAGAAUUCUCCAAGUUUAAAUGAAUGUCUGAUGAAUAUACCACCACAGCUUAACGACUUAACUUCAAUAUUACUGCGUUUCCGGUACAACAAAUUUGCUGUCUGCAAUGAUAUUGAGAAAGCAUUCUUAAACGUCAGCCUACAUCAAGACGACCGUGACACUACCCGUUUCUUUUGGUUAUCAGAUCCAAAUGAUCCAGAUAGUUCUCUUCAGAUAUACCGUUUCAAGUCAGUGCUUUUUGGAGCAACGUGCUCACCAUUCAUUCUGAACGCAGUUAUUAUGAAACAUUUAGAUUUACAUCAGUGUAACAUUACAAGACCGAGUAAAGGAAGCGUUAUAUGUAGACAAUAUUCUUGCAAGCAUACCAGAUGA